UAAAAAGGCAAAAGCUUCCUCUUCAGAUUCUCGAGCUCUCCAGGACAAGUCUUGUUGUUUGUGUCUUUGAUAUCAAUCUGUCUGUUUUCGUAAGAAGAUGAAGAGAAUAUUCGGUGCGAAGAAUAACAAAGAGCCUCCUCCUUCCAUCCAGGAUGCCUCGGAUCGGAUCAAUAAAAGAGGAGAAUCUGUAGAAGAUAAGGUUAAGAGACUUGACGCUGAGCUCUGCAAAUACAAAGACCAGAUCAAAAGAACCAGACCUGGUCCUGCUCAGGAAGCUAUCAAAGCUCGUGCUAUGCGUGUUCUCAAGCAAAAGAAAAUGUAUGAAGGACAACGUGACAUGCUUUACAAUCAGACUUUCAACCUUGAUCAAGUUUCUUUUGCUGCUGAAGGCCUCAAAGAUGCUCAACAAACUAUGACAGCGUUGAAAUCUGCUAACAAAGAGUUGAAAGGAAUGAUGAAAACCGUCAAGAUUCAAGAUAUUGAUAAUUUACAAGAUGAGAUGAUGGACUUAAUGGAUGUGAGUUCCGAAAUUCAAGAGACACUUGGUAGGAGCUACAAUGUUCCUGAUGACAUUGACGAAGAUGACCUCAUGGGCGAGCUUGAUGCACUUGAAGCUGACAUGGGAAACGAGACUGAAACAGACGGUGUCCCUUCCUAUCUCCAACCCGAUACAGAACCGGACCUUGAUGAAGGACUAGACUUGCCUCCACCACCAACGGGGAGAACACAAACAACAGGAACUCAACCUGGACGAGCUCAGGCUGAGGAUGAAUGGGGAUUACCUGCUGUACCACGUGCAUCACUUCGUGGAUAAACCCACACCUUUUGUUUGUGUGCAUUCACAAAUUUCAUCUCCAAGCUAUUUCACCAGUCAAAACUACAAAGAUUUUUAUAAUUUCCGUUCUCAAUGUAAUCAUACAUUUUGUGCAUACACAUUGGAUCUAGAUUCUUCAGAUUGAUAGCUUCUAAAGUCAAAUAGACUGAGUCUUCCAUGGCAAAUGGGGUAAGAUUAUACUACUACAACAUUAGAAUCCCAACCACAAAGUAGGAUACAUUUUUAUACAAAC